UUCUUGUUGCUAGGUAACCGUUUGUUUGGCGCAUUCCGAGUGCCAAUUUGACGGUGGCUUUAUCCUCUGCUGCUUUAAAUAUUGAAAAUAUAAAUUAGUGAGGCAUUUGUUUCCACCCUUCCUGGACUCACAUAUUUGACAUGGAUGCCAAGGAUGAUGAAGCACGAAGCAUUCCUAAGCUGAAGUUGGAGGCUGUUAUCGGUUUUAACGGCCGUGUUCCCUUUGGCUUGAAGCUUCAUCCAGACAAGAAGUAUUUGAUAUAUCCUCUGGGAAGUCUUGUUAUCCUGAAAAGAACCGACGAUGGGAAGCAGGAGUUUCUGCAUGGACAUUCAAACAAUGUAUCCUGCAUUUCUUUGUCCAAAAGUGGAGUCUACAUUGCCUCUGGGCAGGUCAACGUUAUGGCCGUUAAGGCACCAGUGAUUAUCUGGAACUAUGCAGCGAGAGCAAUCCACGGCCAGCUACUGCUCCACAAGGCGAAGGUUGAGGCUGUUUCCUUCUCUCCCAACGAAAAGUACCUGGUGUCUCUUGGGGGCCAAGAUGAUGGCAGCAUCGUUGUUUGGAACAUAGAUACCAAACAGGCCAUCUGUAAGAGCUCAGCUUCGACUUACGGUUACUGCCUCACAGUGGAGUUCUUCCACACCAGUGAUAACAUCUUCGCUUCAGCUGGCAGUGGAACACUGCGAAUCUGGGAGUUGGAUCUUACCAACAGAAGGAUCUGGCCCACUGACUGCAGGACAGGCAAGCUGAAGAGGACUGUGAAAUGUUUGGAAAUUUCAGAGUGUGAUCAGUAUAUGUUCUGUGGCACUACAAGUGGGGACAUAAUGAAAAUCAACACGAGGUUGAAACUUUUGAAUAACUGUGGUCCAGCUAGAGCAAAGUUCAGCGGGGGUAUCAAUGUCCUGAAGGUGUUGAACUCUGGAGACAUGCUUAUUGGCACUGGAUCGGGUACCUUGGCUCUGUGCUCCAAGAACAACUUCCAAACUGUCAGGGAAAUCGAGCUGGAGAACGGAGUGACCUCCGUUGCCUUCAGUGACGAGGGAGGGCAGCUCUUAGUCGGCACAGAGGGAGCCCAGAUGUAUCGUGUCAGUUUUGAGGAUUUCAAAGCUGAUCUGCUAUGCACAGGCCACAGAAGCACUAUCCACGACAUAGCCAUUCCUAUGUCCAUGUCCCAGGUGUUUGCAACCUGUUCUGAGGAAGACAUCAGACUGUGGCGCAUAAACAAGCCCAAAGAGCUAAUGCGUCUCUCUGUGCCCAACGUGACCUGCAACACCCUGUGCUUCAUGAGUGAUGGGCACGGCAUCAUCAGUGGAUGGAGCGAUGGUAAGAUCCGCAUGUUUGACCCGAAAAAUGGGAAGCCGCUGCUCAUUAUAAACAACUCGCACAAUAUGGGUGUGACAACCAUCGCUAACACCAGAGACUCCAAGAAGAUUGUCAGUGGAGGAAGAGAGGGACAGGUGCGUGUUUGGGAGCUACAGCCUCAAGGCCACCGUUUGCUGGAUACGCUGGCGGAGCACAAAGAGACUGUGACUUGUAUCAAAAUCAAGAGCGAUGACACAGAGUGCGUCUCAGCCAGCACUGAUGGGACCUGCAUCAUCUGGGACUUAGUACGAUGUGUAAGCCUUCAAAGGGUGAUUGCGAACACUCUUUUCCGGGCUGUGUGCUACAAUCUAGAUGAACACCAGAUCAUCACAAGUGGAACUGACAGAAAGAUCACCUACUGGUAUGUGUUGGACGGCUCUUCCAUCAGAGAACUGGAGGCCUCCCAGUCAGGGGCCAUCAACACCAUGCACAUCACAAAUGACGGCAACCACUUUGUGACAGGUGGAGAGGACAAGCAGCUGAAGGUGUGGGACUAUACACUCGGAGACGUAACCCAUGUAGGGAUGCCUCUUGGUGCAAGUAUUACCUCCACCAAGAUCUGCUCCAACAACAGCAUCCUGGUCUGUGCCACUGCUGACGGAGGCGUUUGGCAAUGGAGGUUUCCUCACCCUCCCUCCUCCUAAUAAACUCUUAAAGUAGCA